CAUGGAAAUAAACCAGUGGGAAAGCGGAGUAAUAAUAAAGUCAGAAUUAAUAUAAACGUUUAUCAUUAAUAUAUUGUAGAAAUACUGCCGUGCGUGUUAGAGAGACUAUUUAUUGCGUGUAUAAACAAUAAUAACAAAAAUAAAGACAAUUAACGAGUCUGCUGUAUCAGGAAUGCCCACUUCCGGAAAUUCCUACGUCACGAGCUUACCUGGAACACGACUCGAGACCUGUCCGCCGCAGUGAGGGUGGGGAAAGGGGAAAGUGCUGAGCCAUGUCCAGACCAUGGUGCUCCCUGUUCCUCGUGCUGGUUGGAGCUUCACUGUGUGCCACAAAGCUGAAGAAUUUCAACUCGCUGGACGACAUCACCUGCUCUCAAGGUUUGGACAAUUGUACAGUCGUUAAUGAGAACCGUGUGGUUCCCCCACCUGAUUCGGGCCCCAUUGAGGUUUUGGCUUUUGUCCUGGAGCCCGCUCUCUGCUGCCCAACAACACAGACAUGCAAACCGUGUCUCCUGACCCAUAUCACACUCAAAAUCCUUGUGGAUGAUGAUGAUGAUGUUAGUGGAGACACACACAAAGACUCUGAAGAUGAGGAAAGUCCUGCUGCUCUAACACUGUGCUACCUGUCAGCACCAAAUCUUUCGUCCUGCAAGAGGAUCCGCUUUUUAGUGAAAUCAGAUGCAUGGAAGAACAAAGAAAAACAAAAGAUCACGGUGGUGUUGUACGAUGGCGUGUUCCUGGGAAGUUCUGUGAAUGUCUCGCUGAACCGCACAUCCCAGGUGGUUCAUAUUCCACAGAAUAAGUCAGUGUGUCCUUCUUCAGAAUGUCAGCCUCUCAGGAUCGUCCCAGAAAUUGACGAGUCAAGGGGAGUGGUGGAGCUGAAAGCUGAAGACAAGGCGUCGCUGCUGAUCUGUAUGAAACGGAAAGGAAUGACCUCGUGUUUGCCGAGUGACUGGACCAUCCCGCUGCACUCCGUCACACACUGCAUGUGUUUCCAGGUUUGGAGGAAACAGCAAAUGAAAAAUCUUAUCGGUUUGAAAGUUGCCCCUUUGACAAUCACACAGUGUGCAGGGAUCAGAAUAAACGCGAUUAGGAACGUGUCCACCUCUGUGGGACUCACUGAGACAAAUGAAGGUCCUCCAGCUCUCAGCUGGAACCUGAGCGCCCCCUGCAGGCUAGAGGUGGAGGUGUGGCCCUGUCAGAUGGCUGUGACUCAGGGAGGAGGCUGCAGUGAAGUGCUUGGAUUCAGACGAAACGCCACAAAGUGGGAGGAGAACAAGAGCACACUGUGGACAUCAGGAGAUUUUCAGAACUUCACCACCACAGACAACCUGCACCUUUGUGUGAUGUUUAAGGUGAAUGGAGAAUUGUUGGAGCCUGUGUGUGGUGACCCCCACAGGGGGCGCUGGAGCAGCAUGAUAUUUGUGGUGGUGCUGGUUUCCUUCCUGCUCACAGUCGGAGUGUUUGUGUUCAGAAAGAGAAUUAAAGAGUGGCUUUCAAACUCCAACCCAACAGUUCAGUCUGGAGGACGUGGUGAAGUGCUGCUUGUGCACUCAUCCGGUUCUGAUCCGUCUCUCUCAGACACUGCGUGCUGGUUUGCCACUUGGCUUUCUGAACUCGGGUUCUCCGUGUCUCUGGAUCUGUGGAACCGGGCGACUGUGAAUGCCAUGGGUCCGAUCCCGUGGCUGCACUCGCAGCUCCAGCGGAUCCAAAAGUGCAGCGGGAAAAUCCUGGUUCUGCUCUCGCACGACGCCAUGCUCCGAGCCGAGGCUUGCUACGAAAGCUGGCAUGUUGGCAUGUACAGAGAAGACAGCAAGCUGAACAGAAAGCCCUGGCACUGGAACAAUGACGUCUUCAGUUCAGCCAUCAAUUCCCUCAUUAGUGCUCGCAUUCAGGGGGGCGCCACUGAGCAUUUUGCUCUGGUGCAGAUGGGCUCUGAGGAACUUAUACUUCCAGAACUGUUUGAAGGCCUGAAAAUCUUUCAUCUGCCCUCUGAGUCUCAGCGCCUUCUCGCUGAUCUCCACACCAGCCACCUUCGUGGCUUUGGACCCCGACUCAAGAGGUUCCUCUGGACCUGGAGAGCCUCGGCCGGACUGAAGAAGAGGCUGAGGAACUAUAGAAAAGAGGGGCGCUCGUGCACAGAGCCCACGCAGGUCAUUGAGGCAGAAAUGCACCUUCUUGAAGUUUAACUCAGACUUUUUCCUACAGAGCAGGAAUGCAGCACACGACCAUGAGGUCACUAGAGAAAUAAAGUCCAUUCACCACAUUCAUAUGAAGGAAGAAAUCAUUUACAGGUCUGAGUUAAUUCAUUUCCAUGGUGAACUCUUUUCGUUCACCACCAGUUUCUUCUAAAGCCAUGGUGUAGAUGGUGUGAUGGACACCUGGCUCCUGGACACACUCUGACUUUUCUUCUCCUGCUCACUGAGCUUCUUUACUUUUAGUAUUUAAAAGCAGUGAGCAAUUCUGCACUGGGAUGGACAUUUAUUUUCUAAAUCUAGACUCUGUGCUGUAAGUAAUUAAUGAGCCUGGAGCUGGUCAUGGGAAUUGGAGAUCCUUUGUGAUCCAGUGUGGCUUUUUAAACCCCAGCACUCACAUGCAGUGAUUCACCAGUCACCAGAAGGAGUCAUCCAGCAGUCCACCAAUCAGGAGAUGGAUCAUGUGAACAUGUUCCACAGUGUUCAGUCACUUGAAAAUCCAUUGGAUAAUAACUGACCAGUAUUCACAUGAAGUUUAACUUCUCACUUUUCUCACAGCUGCUCACUCACACACUCCAGAAUUUGGCAGCUCUGGUGGGAAAUGAAUGAUCUUUGGUUGCUUGUCGCUGUGAGUUGAGAAGGAGCACAGCAGCAGUGUGUACAGUGUAAAGAGCUGAAAUGUUUACACUGUUUUUACUCCAAACUACCUACAGUUUAGCAUGAAAGCAUAUGGAACCAUCAUGGAUCAUCUUUAAGUUCAGAAAUGAGCUUUAAAUUGUAAUUAAGUUGAAGUUUAAAGACAAUUUCAGACUAAACUAAUGUACUAGAUGCAUAAUAUACCAAAGAAUAUACCUUUUAGCUCCAUGUACCUCAGUGAUGCAGUAACACUGCAUAGAAUUUACAAUUUUGAAGACUUAGUACAACAUUUAAAAAUUGACAGCAUUUCUGAAUUC